AUGAUUCCUUGGUUUGUGUAUGCUAGCAAGAAAGAGGGUGAGAAGACUUUUGUUCUUAGGAAAGUGAAUUUGGAACAUAAGUGUGAAGGGGAUCCCCAAAAUAGGAAUAGAUCUGCUGAUCCUCAUUUUGUAAAGGAUUUUGUUCUUGAUCAGAUGAAGAAUAAGCCUAAAAAAGUUGUUCCAGACCCUUAUAAAAUCAAGGAAGACUUCUUAGCUGAAAAGAGAGUAAAUAUACCAUAUCAGUGUGCAUGGAAGGCUAGGAAUCUAGUUUUAGAGUCAUUAUAUGGGAACUAUAAAGAAAGUUACAAUGAAGUACCAGCAUUCUGCAAGAUGUUUACUAAAUGCAAUGAUGGGUCUGUUGCUAAGUUCACUUUUGACACAGUGAAUAACACCUUUGAAAGCAUGACACUCUCAUUUGAACCUGCAAUGAGGGGUUGGCGAAAAGCAUGCAGGGGAGUUAUAGGGCUUGAUGCCUGCCAUCUAACAGGGGAAUAUGGGGGAGUAUUGAUGGCUGCAACUGCACUUGAUGGACAGAAUGGGUUAGUAAUGUUAGGAAUUAUGGUAUGCAGAGCUGAAACAAAGGAAAAUUGGAUCAUUUUUUUGAAGCAUUUGAAGGAUGCAAUAUUAGCACAUCCAGUGAAAGUGGCUUUCAUUUCAGAUAGGCAAAAAGGUUUAUUGGAAGCUGUUGGUAUAGUGUUCCCUGGCCAUCACCACAGAUACUGUUGGAGAUCAGAUAAAGGCCUUAUGUUAAUUGCAAUGUGUUAA